CGUUCACCCACCUAGCCCAAUCCCAAUCCCGCACAGAGAAUCGAGCUUUGGUAGAUGGAGGAGGCACUGGUGGAAGUGUGCGAACCCGCAGAAGUGCGCAUACAGUUCGCACUCGACUGCAAAUGCCGAGCCACGGUGCGGCUUCGCUCUCUAAACCCAACCGCACCAGUGGCCUUCAAGAUCCAAACCUCAUCGCCAAAAAAGUUUCUGGUUAACCCACCGAGUGGACUCAUUCCCCCUUUAUCCUUCGCCACCUUCAAAGUCAUCCUUAAGCCGCAGUCCCAUCUCCCUCGCUCCUUCCCUCGCUCCCCCUCAGACCGCUUCCUCGUGAAAACCGCCGAGUUCCCCGCGAACUCGUCCGUGUCCACUCACCCCGAGUCCAUCAACUCGUGGUUCGCCUCUCGCCCCUACGGAUUCAAAACUCGGGACAUCAAACUCAAGGUUGCUUUCGUGGGGCCCCUCCUCCUUAACGAUGCCGUCACGCGUGGAGACCUUGACGCCGUUAGAAACUUGAUCAAACGACAGCGUUCCAUGCUCGCGGAUUUGUCACCCGCCGAAGCAGAAUCGCUCCUCGGCGCCGCCACAAAGCUGCUGAAGCCGGACGACAUGGUUCACCUCCUCCUGGAAGCCGGCUUGAGAAUAGUCCCCAGCCCCAACGCCUCCGAUGAAGUACACGUGGCAGAAGAUGCCAACACAAAUAAAGAAGUGGUGGAACUGGGAGAAGCAAUAUUCGAGGCUUCGAGGAACGGAGAGGCGAAUGAAGUGAAGGCACUGCUGCGAAAAGGUGGUGGGAGUGUGAAGUAUCGCGAUCAGUACGGUUUGACGGCGCUUCAUGCUGCGGCUUUUAAAGGGCACAAGGAUGUGAUGACGGUGCUUGUUGAAUUAGAAGGUUUGGACUUGGAAUGUGAAGACGAGGAAGGUCACGUGCCCUUGCAUAUGGCGGUGGAGAGCGGCGAUGUAGGGACGGUGCAAGUAUUGGUUGAGAAGGGUGUGAACCUUAAUGUUGUGAAUAAGAGGGGUGCUACCCCUUUGUACAUGGCCAAAAUUUGGGGACACCAUGAUAUCUGCGAAUUGCUUCUUAACAGGGGAGCCUUUUAUUCUCUGACUUCCACUUAGGAAUUGAAUUUUGAACUAUCUUGUGGUUUAAAAUAUAUGUAAACGUUUCAUAACUAUAACUAUAUAACUAUAUAACUAU